AUGGUAGCAACGCUCCAGUCACUUCGUCCGCGUGGACUUCGAGGCGCGCAGCUGUUCUUUGUGAAUACUUCUCGAUUUCUGUCGCAUGCGGACUCGAGCAGUGCCAACUUGGUGUUCCAUCCGAAACGGAUUCUUUUACUAUCCAAAAUCACCCGAUACGACUUCGAGCGUCAGUUGCUCGGCGCAUCUGACGAUGAAAAAAUUCGGUCUGCAGUAAGUGGUCUCCGCGUUUCCAUUCCGGCAACUAACGAUCGUAUGUACUUCCGGUUUCAGCUGAAGCGAAAAGGACUCAAUGUGGACGCUUUGCUUACCCGACAUCAUGGACAUCAUCAACGAGUCGCGGAAUUUCAAAAGCAACUGAGGUAA